UGCUUCAUAUAAUUCAUUUAAUUCUUUUGUUUAAAAAUUUUUCGUAUAUAUACAAAAUCAUUUGGUUGCUAACUUCAAUUAAGGUUAGAAAAACCUACGAUUGAAGUUAUUGCACUGAAUAUCGCUCUACUCUUACAAAAAUUUCGUUUGGCACUCCAACCGUUUGCGGCCCAGACCAUGGAAUUCGAAUCGGCUAAGAGCCUGCUGGAACGCGACGUCUCAGCCAAUGAGUUGAGCGUCGAGGCCAGUACCAGUGCCACCAUACCGGCGAGCGAACUGGAUUCGCCCGUGCACUCGUCAGUGGAGGUGUUAACCACGACGACGACCGCGGCACUGCGCAGCGAAAACAACGACGAUGUGGAGGACAUGUUCGAGCAAGUGAAGAUGAUAUUGCGCAAACGGCGCGGCUGGGGUCCAGAGGAUUCGCUCAGCCAUAACGACUUGGAUUUACUCGGUGACGAUGACGACGAGCUGGUCGAGGAGGAUGAUGCUGGCUGCCCGCUGCCCUCGACCCCGGAGGAUACACAGCUCAUUGAGGCAGAGAUGCAAGAGCCCAGGAACAAGUCCGCGUCCGAAGUUGUUCUGAGCGUGCAGGUGGACACGGCAAACCUACCGCUCGAAUCCUAUAGAAAACUGCAAGACGAGGACACUGUUCAAGCUCAAGCAGGCGAGGAAGAUAUGACGGAAGUGCUGAAGGCAGGUGUGCUUUCAGACGAAAUCGAUUUGGGCGCUUUGGCGCAUAAUGCUGCAGAGCAGGCCGAGGAGUUUGUGCGCAAGGUGUGGGAGGCCAGCUGGAAAGUGUGUCACUACAAAAAUUUGCCCAAAUGGUUGCAGGAUAAUGACUUUCUGCAUCGGGGCCAUCGGCCGCCGCUGCCCUCGUUCAGCGCCUGUUUUAAAUCUAUAUUCCGGCUGCAUACAGAAACAGGCAACAUUUGGACACAUCUGCUUGGCUGCAUUGCUUUCAUUGGUGUGGCUCUGUAUUUCAUAUCUCGACCGUCGGUGGAAAUACAGACACAGGAAAAAAUUGUUUUCGGCGCUUUCUUCAUGGGCGCCAUUAUUUGCUUAGGAUUCUCGUUCGCUUUUCAUACGUUAAGCUGUCACUCGGUAGAGAUUGGAAGACUGUUUUCAAAGCUAGAUUAUUGUGGAAUUGCUUUACUUAUUAUGGGCUCCUUCGUCCCCUGGGUAUACUACGGCUUCUAUUGUCAUUAUCAGCCCAAAGUCAUAUAUUUAUCAGUGGUCUGUGUACUUGGCUGCCUCUCCAUUAUAGUGUCGCUGUGGGACAAGUUCUCCGAGCCGGCUCUGCGCCCACUACGCGCUGGCGUUUUCAUGAGCUUCGGCCUGGCUGGCAUCAUACCGGCAGUACACUACAGCAUCAUGGAGGGCUGGAUCAGUCAAAUCAGUCGCGCCAGUCUCGGUUGGCUUAUACUAAUGGGCACGCUCUACAUACUUGGCGCUCUGCUGUAUGCGCUGCGUGUGCCCGAGCGUUGGUUUCCCGGCAAGUUUGAUAUUUGGUUUCAAUCGCAUCAGCUGUUCCACGUGCUCGUUAUUGCCGCCGCCUUCGUGCACUAUCAUGGAAUAUCUGAGAUGGCUAUGUACCGCGUCACCGUGGGCGAGUGUGCUGUGCCCAUCGAGCCCAUUACCUUCUGAGGAGCAGCAUCGGAAACAGCAGCAGCAGCAGCAGAUCUUGUUAAUGCAGAAUUUUACUAAAGACAACUUCGAGCAGACGCCAACCCAUAGCUUAUACCAAGGAACAGUCAGCAUAUAAGUCCAAACAUUCACAAACACACACACACACAUAAAACUUCCAUACAUUUUUGCAUACAAACAUACUUAGAAGAACUCCGCAGAGGAACCGGAGCGACUUAGCCAAUUUGUGCAGUUUUAAAGCCGUUUUAGCGUUUGGCUGACAUCUGAACAUUGUUAUAUGGUUGAUGCAUUCAGCGCCGCGCACAGCCUAUAGUCGAUAACAGACGCUCAUACACAUACUUACAUACAUAUAUACACUCAUAUACAACCAUAAAUACAUACAUACAGAUAUCCUUAUAUCGAGUAAGAUCAAAGUUCUUGCAUUACAAAAUAUGUAGAAAGAAGCGUUUAUUAUAAUCGAAUGAAAAUCCGCAGUAGCCUAAUUAAUAUACUUACAAUGUAUUUCUAAAGCAAAAUUUGUUUAUUUUUAGUUUACGUUUUGAGUGUAGUGGGGACGCUGGUACUUAGCUGAGCACAGUGAAGGAGCUGCCCUUAGUGGCUUCGCGUCUCAGGGCUUAGUUUGUGAAAGUAAAUGGAAACGGGAAACGAGGGACCAGCAAGUAGCAGCGUCUCUUUGUUGUUAAUUUAGUAGUUUUAAUCCGUAGUUUUAUCUUACCCAUGCAUGCGGCUGAGACUAGACCUAGACUCGAUGCAUCUGUUCUGAAAAUGAACAUUUUAUGUGGGGUCGAAAUUGUUGUAUUCUCUGCAUUCAAUUGACACACAACACACACACACACAACACACACACACACAGAAACACACACACGCAACUAUGCAACAAGCCCAUAUUGCGGCUAUCAUAGCGUUUGCUUCUGCAGAAUAUCUUACCAUAGCAUAUGAGUACAAGUAAUAACAAACAACAGACAAAGCAAUAAAGUGGAUGAGAAGACUA